AACACACGCUCUCUCAGUCUCCGCCACACACACUCUCUCUCUCUCUCCCUUUUAAACCACUCCGCUGGAGGACAAGCGCUGCAUUCACUUCACGGAGAAUCGGGGGGAUUGUUCGCCACAAAAAAUUAAAUAAAAAAAGAAAAGGACUGAGGAAAACGAGGCAAAACAGCAAGUUUGUUUUAAUCAGGUGAAACUUUUUUUAACGGACGCUGCAUCUCGCCAUGGCGCUCUCGGCCGGCGUCUUUUUAUUCUACCUGGCACUUUGCAAGUGGACGAGUACGACGGCUUUUAAUUUGGACGCGGACGGUGCAAUUCGGAAAAUCGGCGAACCCGGCAGCUUGUUUGGCUUUUCUCUGGCAAUGCACAGACAGCUCAAGCCAUCUGAUACAAGAUAUUUGCUUGUUGGAGCACCUCGAGCAAAAGCUUUAUCCAAACAAAAGGCAAAUGUAACAGGUGGUUUGUACAGCUGCCAACUCAGUACACAGCCAAAUGAUUGUCAACGGAUUGACUUUGACAAUGAGGCUGAUCCAUCAAAGGAAAGCAAGGAAAACCAGUGGAUGGGAGUAGUAGUGCAAAGUCAGGGUCCAGGAGGAAAGAUUGUGACAUGUGCUCACCGAUACGAGAAGCGUCAAUUUGUAAACACGGACCAAGAGUCUCGGGACAUUAUUGGCCGCUGCUAUGUCCUCAGUGAGGAUUUCAAAAUUCAUGAUGAGAUGGAUGGUGGUCACUGGAAAUUCUGUGAUGGUCGUUUGCGAGGUCAUGAAAGGUUUGGGUCUUGCCAACAAGGCCUUUCUGCAACAUUUACAAAAGAUUAUCACUACAUUAUUUUUGGAGCACCUGGUACUUAUAACUGGAAAGGAAUUGUGCGAGUAGAGCAGAAGAAUAGCUCUUUGUUGGAUUUGGAUAUUUUUGAGGAUGGUCCCUAUGAAGUUGGAGAUGAGAACCGUUUUGAUGAAAACUUGGUGCCAGUGCCAGCAAACAGUUACCUAGGGUUUUCUCUCGAUUCUGGAUCAGGCAUUACGAAUAAAGAAAAUUUGACAUUUGUUGCCGGUGCACCAAGAGCUAAUCACAGUGGAGCUGUUGUUCUGUUAAAAAAGCUUGGACAAUAUACUCGGCAGCUUGUUGAGGAGUAUAUUCUAGAAGGAGAAGGAUUGGCAUCUUCAUUUGGAUAUGAUGUUGCUGUAGUUGACCUGAAUAAUGAUGGUUGGCAAGAUCUUGUAGUUGGGGCUCCUCAGUUUUUUGUCAGGGAUGGAGAAAUUGGUGGAAGAGUUUAUGUCUACAUCAAUAAGGCUGGAAAGUGGAAUACUGUUAAACCAAUUAGACUAAAUGGAACCAAAGAUUCAAUGUUUGGAUUGUCUGUUGAAAACAUUGGAGACGUUAACCAAGAUGGAUUCCAAGAUUUUGCUGUUGGUGCUCCUUAUGAUGGUGGUUCUGGAAAAGUUUACAUUUAUCAUGGAUCCAGCAAAGGAAUAAAUACCAUUCCAGCACAGGUUAUUGAUGGUAAGGACCUUGGUUCCAAAUUUUUUGGUUAUUCUUUGGCUGGCAACAUGGAUCUUGACUCAAAUGGCUAUCCAGACGUUGCUGUAGGAUCUCUUUCUGACUCAUUGUUUGUAUUCAGGGCAAAGCCUGUGAUCAGCAUACAGAAAUCCAUAACUAUAAAACCUGAACGGAUUGAUCUGAAUAACAAAAACUGUAAAGGUGUCAGUGGAAAUUGUAUGACUGUAGAAGCUUGCUUUAAGUACACUGCUGUCCCUGCCAACUACAAUCCACCACUAACUAUUGGUUACACAUUUGAAGCUGAAAUGGAAAGAAGAAAACUGGAACAGUCAUCGAGAGUAGUAUUUCUCAAGAAACAGCCUGGUGAUCCAGAAUAUCAGUCCUCUGGGACUGUGCAGCUGAGUAAACAAAACACAAUGACAUGUGUCAACACAGAGUUGAAGCUACAGGACAAUAUUCAAGAUAAAUUGCGGCCAAUUCCAAUUACAGUUGCUGUUAACAUUAAGCAGGCAACACGCAACAGAAGACAGAAUGCUGCCCCACCUCUUCUUCCAGUCCUUAGUAUUAAUGACCCUCCUGUUGCCCGAUCAGAGGUAAACUUUCUGAAGGAAGGCUGUGGUAGUGAUAACAUCUGUCAAAGUAAUCUGAAGCUUCAAUAUGAAUUCUUUUCCAAGGAUGGAAAACAAGACCUGUUUCAGCCAUUACCAAUAGGAGAGGAUGGGAUACCAGUGAUAUCUCUGAGUCAGCAAAAAGACAUUGCUGUGAAAAUAACGGUUACAAAUACUCACUCCGAUCCAAAAAAUCCCUUAAAGGAUGGUGAUGAUGCCCAUGAAGCUAAACUUACUGCUGCUUUUCCUGAUACACUUUCUUAUUCUGCAUUUAGAGAUGACCAAACAUCCCCUGAUCGACCAGUCACAUGUAAUGCUAAUUCAGAUGGUUCUGAGGCUGUUUGUGAGUUGGGUAAUCCAUUUAAGAGAAAUUCAAAAACCUCUUUCUUCCUGAUUAUGGGCACAAGUGGUAUUUCACUUGACACCUCAGAUGUGGAAAUCAACCUAACACUUGCGACGACAAGUGAACAAAAGAAUUUGGAACCCUUAACAGCAAGGGCAAAAGUGUUUAUUGAGCUACUAUUAUCUGUAUCAGGUGUGGCAAAACCAUCCCAAGUAUACUUUGGAGGAACGGUUGUAGGCGAAAGUGCAAUGAAAACGGAAGAUGAUGUUGGAAGCUUAAUUGAAUAUGAAUUCAGAAUUAUCAAUCUUGGCAAACCCCUCAAAACUCUUGGGACAGCUUAUCUGGACAUCAGUUGGCCAAAGGAGAUUCUUAACGGAAAAUGGCUUCUUUAUUUGGUAAAAACUGAUACCAAGGGUUUGGAAACAAAGUCUUGUUCUCCUCUUUCAGAGAUAAAUCCAAGAAGAUUGAAGGACUCUCCAACUGUUUCAAGGAAAAAACGGGACAUUCGAGAAAAGCGCUCUGAAAAUGAUGGAAAACUUUUUCUUUUUUCUGAAAAAAGAAAAUAUACGACUCUGGAUUGUAGUAAUACCAGGUGUGUAACAAUUCAGUGCCCACUACAGGGACUAGACAGUAAUGCUUUUGUGGUCCUCCGAUCAAGAAUAUGGAAUAGCACAUUUCUUGAGGAGUACUCAACCAUGAAUUAUCUUGAUAUUUUAAUCAAAGCAACUAUCAAAAUUGAUUCCUCUGCAAAGAACAUUAGGCUCAGAAAUGCUGAUACGCAGGUUCGGACAACUGUGUUCCCAGAAAAAACAGUAGCUCCUUAUACUGGCAUUCCUUGGUGGAUAAUCUUGGUUGCAAUUCUUGCUGGGAUCCUCAUGUUGGGACUGCUUGUGUUUUUACUAUGGAAGUGUGGAUUUUUCAAGCGUUCCAAAUAUAAUGAUAGUGUUCCAAGAUACCAUGCUGUGCGAAUCCGUAAGGACGAAAGACAGAUAAAAGAUAGAGGAUCAAAAGAAAAACUUGAAAAAAAGCAGUGGAUGACAACAUGGAAUGAGAAUGAAAGUUACUCUUAGAAGUCAAAACAGCUUUAUAAGGAGGACAAGUAGGGGGGUCUGCUGGAUCUUAAAAGUGUGUGCAUUGCACACUUUAAACGUAAUUGAUUUUGCACAGGCUGAAUGUAUUUUUCUGUAAUAUUUUAAAAAAGGAACUAAUUGGAUGGAACUGUGUGUUCCAACUGGCUAAAAAGUGCUUUAGAAAGCUUUGCUUUCUGAUUGAAGUUGAAAGUCAAUCUUUGUUAGAAAAGCCUUUCACCAGCAUUAUCUUUUGCUUAGAAGAUGAAAAAAAAUCUAGGCUCAAAAACAAAAAUUGAACAUACUGCUGUUCUAAAUACAAUAUUCUUACUGUGGUUUUGGGACAUUCUCCAUUAUGAUCUGUUAAGAUUUUUUUUUAAGAUUCUCUUAAUAUCAAAGUGACCUUUUUCACCAACUCUUAAGUUUUAAUUUAGCUGUCAGUGUUGUGAUUAAAUGUUAAUUUCUGCAGCUUUUACUAGUAUCUGUUGAAAAUGUUGCUUAAAUUGUGUUUAUAUGUGGGCGUAUUUCCUUUUGUGUGUUUUAAUUGUAACUUCUAAUAUUGUAGAUUUUAAAUUCUCACAUUAGAGCUUUAUAAUUUCUCUUGGAUCAAUUUUAUAAAUAGGCUGGAAAAUAAUUUUUGUACUGUUUGUAUAUAUUUAAAUAUUUUAGUAUGUGUCAGUAUUUAUUUAAUUGCUCCCUAGGUUAAAGAAUUGUACUUCUGUGUCCUUUUUGUGUUUUUGUUUUUAAAAACAUGUAUGUUAAGCACGUGCAACUCCUUCAUAUACAGGUUUCUUACGCAGUGGCCAACUUUUAUCAUUUGUAAAUUUUUGUUUAAUUAGGUAUAUACACUCUGCCUGUACAAUUUUAAAGUGACUACAAAGAUAUGUAUUGAACAUGUUUUCUGGGGCACAAAGAUGUGCAUUUUAGGUUGAUCAGCAACUCUGAGAUGGUUCAGUGUUGGUGCUGGCGUAAGUAAAUACAAGUUUGAUUAUUAGCCUUGCACCUAGUGCUGCCUGGGUAGGCUCAAGCUCCAUGCAACCCUGUAAUGGAUAAAUUGGGAUUAGAAAAUGUAUGAAUUGAUUAAACAUUUUCUUCAGGAGUUUUAAUUUACAGUUUUUUUUUUCUUUUGCAUGCUUGAUGAGUGCCUUACUUUGAUUCAUUGUUGUCAUUUAACCGGAAAAAGGGGAGAAAAGAAUGUACAUAUUAGAUGAGUAGUAUGCUGUUAUCUGUUCAGCGCAGAGUUGUUUAAAAGAGAAUGAGGAACGGUCAAACAGUAAAGAGUACACCUAAAAAUAUCUUUGUUUUUGCCAGAUAACCAACAGUCUUUAAAUUUUGCAAAUUGACGGUGCAGAAAUGAAAAUGUUAUAUUAUGUAUCUAAUUAGCAUGAAGUUAAUUUAUAGCAAAGGAAAUGGAGUGUAGUCCUUCAUUCACUUUUGCCUACAUUUAAACUGCAGGACUGAUCACAGUUGUGUUUCUGUUCAAGUAUAGCAUUUUAUAUGACUGUCUUAAGAAAUUUCACAUGUGACCAAUAUCCAUUUACACAGGCAUGUGUCUGAAACACCUCAACGUGGAAAUGAAUGACCACUUAAAAUACUGUAGAUGACUUCACAUCUACAUAAAUAUAGUACAACAUGCAGAUCUGUGUUAAUAAGAGAGACAUGUGGAAAUGAGGAUCUCUAAGAUUUAGCCCUUCUUAACCAUGCCAGCAGAGAGACAAUUUUAUGUGUUUUUCUUUUUUCCAGUAAAACCCUUCUUGAUUUUCCUGUAUUCCCUAAAGCCGAUGUUACAUUGUGCAACUUUUAGUCAUCGGAUUUGCUGACUGCAAUUGCUGAACUUGUUGCUGGACCAUAUCAGUUAACAUGACUGAAAAUCGCUGGUCUUUUAAAAUUUAGCAACUGUUUGCCGACUUUGUGCAAUAGUGUGCUGCCUGAGAGCUGGUUCUGUAUGAUGGGUGAAUCUGUAUGGUGAAUUCAGCUGAAAUCUUUUCUUUUUUUUAAACUUUGUUCCAUUUUGUAGGGGUAUGUAAAACAUGAGACAUUACACAGAUGAGCGCUUCUGUUCUGUUUGUGAGGUCCAAAGCACCCGUGUUCAUUAUUCCUUGUCACUGCCUUGUAUGCAUUAUACUUCUGGAAAUCAAUCAUUUAUUAGUUGUCAUCUCUCAUGCACACAGAACUCACCCCUAUUACCAAAGAGAAAAUCAACCCGUUUGACUUCGUCAGACCUAGUUGUGAACUAGUGGCAGAGUGUUGCUGGGUAUGUCAGACUAAUUGACUGAGCUCAUGAGAGUACUGCCCACUGCCUGUGAGUCAGUACAAUUAUGUAAAUUUAAAGCUAUGACUGAAAAUCACUGGAAAAUUCUUGUAAAGUGACAUAGCCCUUAAAGUGAGAUUAAGUGUGAUAAGUCGAUGACCAGUAUUAUCAAUCACUGUACAUCCAGUGUUGUUUACAUGACGUAAAAUUGGAGGACACUCAUCAGCUAUGUUUCACAGAGAGGUAAUCCACAAAAAUAAUUUCAGCAUCAAAAACCCAAUCAGUGUUUUCUCAUAGAUCUCUUGGAACGAUGUUGUAGUACUGAUCCACAUACAAACCUGUUUAUCUUUUGCCAUUUGCAUAGCAGUCAAAAUGUCUUGUUUGUGUCAGAUACACCGAUAUUGUUGAGAUGAACUGGACUAUGGAAAUUUACCCUUUGAGAAACCAUGGUCUUUAUCUUCUUGGUAAAAUGAAUUAAUAAACGUUCAGAACUGUAAACUUGUAUUUCUAUAAUACAUAUCAGUUGUAUUCAUUUUGUUUUAUGAAUAUCAAAGAAUAAAUAAUAUUCAUUGUGGA